UACAGUUGACUGUUACACUGUGACGCAUUUGUGUGUAAAACUCAACAUUGGGAACAUGCCAUAGAUCAGAUCAGGUGAACCGGCUAGCCAGAGCGCAACCUCCAAACUGUUGAACCCGAAAUCAACGCGGCUCAACGUCGCGUCAUAUAAAACUUUUUUAUGGCAUUUAUAAAUUAAGGAAUAUAUAAAGCAUAAGAAAAGCAGGUCUCUUACACUGUAUGUUUUCGCAGGCGUAACUCUGAGAACGAAAGAUGGCAAAGGUCUUUCCCAAUCUGAAAUCUCAUUAUCACAAUGUGAUUCUUCUCCUGAGCUGCGGUUGGAGCUGCACGAUCAUCAUGAUUUUGUACUUUGAAACCACGCGUAUGCCUUUGACUCGCAAUCCUGUGUCCAAACCGGCUGCAUGCAUUAAUCACACGUGCGCUCCGGACCGCGAACCCGAGGACUGGUUCUGCAAGCGUUACGCACCCACAGUCCAACUUUUCCUCAACAGCAGAAACAGCGCGUUAAACGCAAAUGUCUCGAAAUGGUGGAUGAGACUAUUUGGAACCCAUGGUGCCAACUACACAACCUUGGUGGGGAACCUGUUUCAGCUCUUGCCAGAUAAAGAACACAACUCAGAUAUUCAUCCACACCGCUGCAGAACCUGUGCUGUCGUCGGGAACUCAGGAAACCUUCUGGGAUCGCGUUAUGGACCUCUCAUAGAUUCCAAAAGCUUUGUCAUGAGGAUCAAUAGAGGUAAAACAAAAGGUUUCGAAGAGGAUGUGGGAUCAAAAACCACUCACCGGAUUUUCUACCCUGAGAGCUACUGGAAUUUGGAAAACUCCACCCAUCUGGUGUAUUUUCCUUUUAAGGUUGCGGACAUUGAGUGGCUUAUCCGUGUCUAUACAAUGGAAAACAAGAAAAACAUUGCAGAAAAAAUCAAUAAGGACAAGUUGAUGAUACUUCACCCAGGGUUUAUGAAAUAUGUCCACAUGAACUGGACAGAGUCUCAUGGCAAUUAUCCGUCUACUGGUUUCCUAACGGUGAUAUUCGCUUUGCACAUCUGUGAUGAGGUUCAUGUUUUUGGAUUUGGAGCUACACAAAAUGGAAGCUGGCAUCAUUAUUUUGAUAAAUCAUUGACUCCAUAUUCCAAGACAAAUCAUCCUGGACACUACGAAUAUGAAACAAUCAGUCGACUUCACUCGGAAAAGAAACUUUUAAUGUACAAGGGAUGGACAUGAAGCAAGUCGCAUUUCAGAGACGUUCCUGGAAGAAAAAUGUAAUUGUUGUACAAUCCCAAGUAUAUUGCAACCCCAAUAUUGCAGUUUGGGGUAGCAGAGGACUUUGACAAAAAAUGUAUUUCCUCUCAAUAAAUCAUUUCUAACCAAUAAGAGUGACAUGAACAUUCAAGUACGUAAAAAUACAUCUAACUAUUUUCUCAAUGGAUUUUUAGUCAUGUCAACUUAUCACAAGUCAAAACAUAAUUUAGUUAGUUUGGUAGUUUAAACAUGCUGUAUUUUCUUUACAGUGUGGGUUGUUUUUGACCCAGAAAGGGACGAGCCCAGAUAUUGGGUUAAAUUAAGCUAGACAUUUUUUAUAUUUGA